GCCUCCGCAACACGACUUCCUGCACAGUGCACACCCAACGUACACAAGUCGCCCAACGCCAACACCGCACGAGCAGGCUCUCCCAAGGAUGCUCCUAUAACGGGGCCAUCCACUAUGACGCUCUCACCAUCUCCACCAUGGAUCACUGGGGCGACCCCUGGGCCGACGAUGCCGACACUGACACACACACGCACACGACCAGCGCGAUCGCGCCGCCCGCGAAGGUAGCAGACGCGAAGCCGCGGGAAAAUGCGACGUCAAGCCCGGGGCUGAGGCCGCAGCCGAUUCUUCUCAAUGGCUUUGAAGAUGAGGCGGGGUGGGGGGGUAAUGCGUGGGCGACGACGCCGAGCCCAAGAAAAGAUGCGGAAACAGAGAGGGAGUUUGGAGGGGAUGCGGUGAAGAAGAUACGCUGGGAUGCGCAAGAUGAUGCCGUGGAAGGGACGGGCGUAGAGGAGGGGUUCAGCGCGUGGGCCGCGCCGACGGAAGAGGAUGCAUCUGAGGACGGAGGCGCGAACGGCGUAGAAAACGCGUCAAGUUGGGAUUCACAUACCGGCCACGAAGAUCGUGCGCGUCAUGACAGUUUAGAACACAAGGCAGGGAAUGAGUGGAGCAGGAUCGAAGAGGUGGUGGAGGGCUCGAAGGGCGUGGAGCAUGGCGUUUCGGAGACUUCGGAUUCGGCCACGACGAUUCACGCGGAUGAUACGCCUGCACAAAUCAAAGCCGAGAUUACUGGAGAGCUACCUCGCGAAGACGAUGCUUCUACACGGUCUUCAGAAUCGCAUUCCGAUGGCAGUCAUAAUGAGGCGGCUACCGAGUCGCCGCGGACAUCGGUUGAGGAAGAGCGCGCAGCCGUGAAGAGUGCAGAGGCACAACAUGAUGAUUUGGAGGGAUCGGAAGAAACCGACCUCGGUACAGAACAUCACCAAAUUCUCGAGCAGGACGUGGAUGAUGACUUUGGCGACUUCGAGGACGAGGUUGUACAAGAAGCGGCUGAAGCUCAGCUGGAUGUGGAAGCAACCUCUGAUCAACCAGCAUCGUUGUCGAAACAAAGCGAACAAGACAUGGUGAGCGAUGGCGAGGAAGCAUCGGCAAUACGUUUUCCUACGGGCCCCAUCGGCAAUGUUGUCUUGGAUUCCAAACUGUUGGCAGAACUGUUCCCGCCCGUCAAGAACAGCCCGCAAGUGGGAGAAGCGCUAGACGAUCCAGUAUCUUCAACUUCAACCCGCAAAGCUUGGUAUCGUAUCACGCGCAAACAGACUAUGCGUGAAUACAACAGCGGCGCCGUCGAUGACAACUAUAUCCGCGUAACCUGGAAGACGUCGCACAUAAAAUCAGAAGCGGUCAAAACCGUCGCAAGAUGGGCUAACGAAGACCGCAUCGCAGGGCGAGGGCCAGGAGCGCGAGCGUCUUUCUUCUGGGAUUCUCCUCACUCCCCGACAGACAAAAGAGCGUCUUUUGCGUCCCUUCACAGCAGGAAGACAUCGACAGCCUCGGUGUCGAAACCAGUUCGUCCUGUCAGCCAGGCUCUUCCGCCGUUAUCAACCGAUGUUUCCGCUGCGUUUGACUGGAGCUCACCAUCUUCAGCCACGCGCACGGCUCCAGACAAUUCUGGUUUGCGGUCGACCUCGUCGCCUAUAGUUGCGAAACACAGUGCAAUUACAAAGCUGCAAAGACAAAGCGGAAGAGCGGUUUCCAUGGAUCUUAGUUCGUCUCCACGAGAGACUGCAUCGCAUAGGAGGACAUCUACCGCCACGGAGAUUCGCAACGGCCCGCCAACGGCGACUCCGUCAAUCACACCGAUUGAAGCACCCCCCAGAGUGAGCUUUGAUCCCUGGAACUCGACGGCUACACCCUCGCCCAUUAUACCUGUUUCGGAACCACCCACCGAGCAACUCGAUCAUUGGGCCAACCUCGGAGCGCUAGACACAGGCGCCCCUCCCAAGGCACCUUCCGAUGCACCAGAUGACGACGGCGACGAAUGGGGUGAGAUGGUAGAGUCACCCGUGGUAUCAACCGUCCAGACACCCAUUUCCAGAGUGCACACACCUGUCGCAGAAUGCUCAGAACCGCCAACACGUAACGGUACUGUUUCAGCAACCUCUACAACACCAGUAUCUGCUCGAUCUUCGCCACUGCAGCCCUUGCCUCCACCAACUGCGCCAAUUCAUGCGUCUCCUAUUGUGCGUCUAAAAGGCACCGUCUCACCCACUUCAGCAAUCUUCGGGGCCAAGGCUUUAGUGCCCACUGGCUCUGAGGAACGCAUCGGACCGCACCUGCUGAAGAAGCGGGACAGGUCACGAGAAUCAACCCCGGAAAUGGCGAGAGCGAUGCCCGUGAAUUUACCGAGCAUGGAUGAGACACUCAACCGGGCGUUCGUUGAAGGCAUACUCAAUACAGACGAUGAAACCACGAAAUCGGUCAUGGCUGCAGAUCCGGCCUCACCUCCAUCGCCUGAUACCACUCCACAUAUCCACGAGCACAACGACUCCACCACCAUCAACUCAACCUCGUAUCCGCCCCCACCCUCAGACGAACCCAACUGGGGCGACUCUGCUGACUUCUCUAUUUUCGAAUCCGCACUUCCACCAUCUACAUCCUUUGCACCACCUCCUUCACAGCCUGCCGUUGAAGAGCCCUGGUCCAUCUUCAACUCCCCGCUCCCUGCGGCGCCGUUCGUUAGACCCACCGCGCGUCCCGUCACGCCGCCGGCAAAGCAGCCCCUCACGAGCGCAACGAGCUCGGCGCAGCGGAGGAAGGCAGAGGAAGACGAUGUUGUGAGGGCGAUUGUAGAGGGGUUGCCGGAUUUGGGAUAUAUGUUGAGGAAGUGAUGCAGCGGAGAGAAAUGAGCAUCCAUGGCAUAGCGUUGCAUUGUAUAUACAAGGCGUAUUUUGGGGUAUGAAAUGAGAUAUGUUGGGAUGUAUUCUUUGCUGUUGUUUUGGGGGUUUGGCUUGGCGUUUUGUGUAAUUUGUGCUUGUAUUCUCCGCAUCUUGGAGGCAGACUUGUAUGAAAAAGAAUGACAGUCGCAGAUCGGCU